AUGGCAGCAUUGGUUCAGACAAUUCCUCAACAGAACGGUACUGUAACGCUACUUCAAAGUCGUCCAGCAUCAUCAACAUCCGGUCAGAAUUCUUUUGUUUCGGCGUCCCAGGUUUCCCAGACUCACGUGGGCCGUAGACACGCCAUGUCGUUCAAUUCCUACAAUGGCGUGAACACUUCCGCCGCCGCCAGCAGGAACUCGGUUGCUCCUUACGCUUUUACUAGCACCCCAGGUCUGCUGGCUGGGACCGCGAAUUCUCAACAGCAACGCCAGAUGUCCUGGUCCCAGGGUCGACGAGACAGCCUCCCUUCAUCCACAUCUACCACGCAGAAUAGUGUUCCCCAACACUCCCAUCACUUUGCAGCUGGCUCUGUAUCGUCUUCUGCGUCUUCUAAUUCUUCUUCUCGACCUUCCUACAUAUCACAAGAUGAUAGCAUUCUUUCCUCUCGACGGCGAACAACAGACAUGACCCCUCGACCUUUGUCAACCACCUCUCCUCAUCUCAACUUAUCUACUUCCAUCCCAUCGUCUAUUUCCUCACACUCUCCCUCAACUUCACCCUCGUCCUCGACGACAACAAAGCCAUUGCCUGACCGCUAUCGACGAGGAAAGCGCACCACCGAAGAUAAUACUCCAUCCACUGCUCAACCCGCUGCGCCGAUACCGGCUCGCUCUUCCUCUUACGACCUAUCUGCGACGACAGUAACUCUUCCCCAACCCUCACGGCCUUCAGUGGUUGUACAUGGCAGAACACCCAGUGCAGAUGACAGCCGACUUGCGAAACAGCCGAGCCCCGAGAUUGCCAAGCGAUAUAGACGUCGUAGCUGGGCAAAUAUGGAUGCCUUCUCACAGGAAUCACCGUUGGAUACUUCUCCCCUAUUCGCGCCGCUGCCAGAUCUGAAAUUUACAACCCCAGAGCUGUCUCGACCUGCAUCUUCACAAUCGGAGAGAAACAUCCCGGUAGAAACUCGUCACGCCGAGCCUAAAAGUCUGGCUCCUACAAGCAUUGACUCGAAAUUCUCAACAAAUCCGUCUCACCAGUCUUCUCCGCUAUCUAACCAAGUGACAAGCAGUCCCUCACCAUCGCCCCCAUCUCCUGCUUCUCAAGCUACGACCCAGCCACCAAAUAGUCCCGCCGCACAGCGUUUAGCCGAAAUCAGCAAGGCGAGUGGUCGAAAGCCGGGCAAGUCACGUCUGCGGAGGGCUUUCUCGUUUGGGAGUGCCGCCGAGCUUCGCAAGGUUUCAGCCCAGAACGCCCUGGGUAGACUAGAUGGAGAUCAACCGGAAAUUUCCAGCGAAGAACUGGAUCCGGAGCAAGCUGCUAUUGCUGCACAGCAAGAAGCCAAUGGACUGGGUAAUAGUAUCUAUUCCCAUCAAUUAGGCUCCACAGACAAUCUUUCUAUAUCCUCGACAGCAUCCUCUGCGUCUAUUAUGCUACGGAAGAUGGGCAGGGGUAUGAAGAAGUCCACACGGUCUCUUGUUGGUCUUUUCCGCCCAAAGUCGAUCCAUAGCAUGAAUUCCGAACCAAUAGUUGUUGAACCCUCUGCUCCUCAGGUGUCGGUAGUUAAUAUCGAAGCUGAACGCAAGAUAGUUACCGCAAAUCCUGACCCUCGCGAACAAAGCGGAGGUGGCACUGUUUUCCCGAAGAUCCAGACGACAAAAGACAAGUCCAAAGCUUCUGCAGUAGUAGUGGAGCACAAUUUGCACGACACUAGCAGCUCACGCAAAAGCAUUGUUGGCGGAGAGCGAGAGCGUGCUGAAGUGUUAGCCGCUGUGAAAAAGGGGAUCUUAAAACACUCAGGAAGCGCCUCUCCUGUCGGAAAGCCGAACGAUUUGGCCCCUCCAACUCUGCCCGAAUCCCCCAACUCCAGCGCCCCUAGCACACCUGAAGAACAAUCGCACCGUGGUGGUCACCGACGAACGGAUACAGUAAAGAUAGAAGGCGAGGACUAUUUCUUAACGCAGGGAAAAUACGCAUCCGAAUCAAAAAGCGUUCCAAUUACGCCGCAACCAGUGGUUGCUAAGAGCAUUGUCUUUAGCCCACGCAUCCAAUUCCAUGAGACGUGGCCUAGUGGUGAGUACGACCGACGUGGAGAUACCGCGACUUGCAACAAAUUGACUCCAUUGCUGGCGCAACAAAUCAAGGAGGAACUGAACACAUUGAAAAUGGAAAUGGAAGUUCACGAGACAUCGAAGAUCUACACGCAUUUUCUCUAG